AUGGCUACCCGCAUCGUCCUGCUUCGAAGCCCACCGUGGCGCACCACAUGCCCACACUUGACCUACCAGGAAGUGUUCCAACAUCUCGUCUCAACAGGCAAGGCAAGGCAUAUUCAGGGUGAGAUGUCGACGACCAGGGCACCUGAUGGAUACCUACCACAUUCGUGGAACGUCCUCACCGAACUCGAUGUCCUCCCACCUCCUGUCGCAAAGGAGGCUACGUUCCUCAAUGAAGCUAUCGCUGCCAUCGAAGCAAAGGCGAAGGCGACUGAACUUAGUGGCGUUAGGCAAGAGGAAGCUCAAGCCGCCGGGGCGAGUGUUGACAAAGGUGACAAUACCCACGUGGACGGAACAUCCAAUGGUGGCAACACUACGACGGUUGUAUCAGGGCAGAAGGGGUACGGAAAUCAUAGCGCGGCGGUGACGGCGGCUGCUAUGCAACAUGUGUGGAAUGCGCCAGGGGAGUUGCAUCUCGAGGGAGCGACGUUGCUUGGAAGACGAGGCCAGAAGGGAUCCAGUGGGUUGAGAGAAAGGUCUGAGCGCGAUGCUACUCACGUCGACGGUAUCCGAGCAGCCGACCAGAUUGUCAACAAGGGCACUGAGACUGGAGGGACCGAUCUGGUCGCCAACGGCGGGGACUCCACUUCAACAGCUGAGGCUAGCACCACUGCCGUCGGCUCUCCUCAAGCAACCUAUCCCAGCAUCAACACCACCUCCAACCCCCAAGUACUUCACCCCACGCUUUCCAACCUCGACGUGCCCCUCCCCCCAGUCCCCGCCGAAAACUACCUCUUCAACUACACCACCCUCUCCCACUCCCUAAAAUACCUCCGGCUAUCCGAACAAGGCUUCACCUCCCCCUGGACCCUCUCGCCCCUGGGGACCUCCUGCUUCCUGACCAUCGAAGGCACAACCCCAACCCCAUCCAGCACCCCCAACAUAACAUCCGACAGCCUCGCCACCACGGUGCUCUGCUCCUACAUCUCCAUCCCCUCUCUGCCCAACACCACACUCUCGCUCCCGCUACUCUCAGACUUUCUCCUACCAGCAAGAAAUAGACGAAGAGAUAAAGGCGCCGGCGCAGGCUGGACCCCGGACUCGAAACACGUGACCAGAAUCGAGCUAGUGCGAGGCGACACGUUGAUCCUGCCACCAUGCACUCUGUACCAGCUACACUAUACCCACGACACGUUGACCUCGAACGGGAUCUUCAUGCUGCGGGCGAACCUGCGGCUUUCCCUGCAGACGUGGAAAUGGGACAGUCUGGGGAAGAGCAAACGGGCUUUCACGGAGGCGAAAGCGUUGCUUGAGGUGUUCAAGAGCGAGGUGAGACGCGAUCCGGAGGGAUGUGGGGUUGCUGGUGAGAGUGGGUUGGUGCAGGUUGAACGAGAUUGUGCAGUGAUUGAGGGGGAGUUGGAGAGGGAGGGGGAGGGCUCUGAGGAGGUUUUGCGGGGGCUGCAGAUGGGUGUUGCGAGGGAGUGGGAGGAGUUUAGACGUAGGGAAGCCGGGACCUGA